CUUUGGCGCGUUUUUCAGCGAGUGAUCGCAGCGAAGUUUUCGUCGCUUUUCUCAUUAAACUUUGCAUUCUUUUCCUCGUUCGAACCUCUGAAUUGAGAUUUGCCACCGUGUAAAUGGUCCUCCGUUUAUUUUAAAGGAGCUCAUUGGUUAGAAGGUAAGUUCGAUUGAUGUUAUAAGUCUCUUACAUGAACACCCCGUAAUGUCGAUGGUUCGUAAUGCACCAUCCGUCGUCUUGAAUCAUGGAAUACAUGUAUGUUGAUUUUUUACGUGCUUCUAAGCUAAUGGACGCCCCUUUCAGAUACAGGAGCUAGAAAAACUCUCACCAAUACGCAACUGUAUCUGAAACGGGCGUCCAUUACACCGAUCUAAAGUUCACGAACGUUUCUUUACACCGAUUUUAUAUUGGAGUACAAUCUGCCAGUUGCAUUCUUUGAAAGAACACUUAGAGCAUACCCUUUUAUACUUUGAUUUAACAGAAAUGGAGAAUCUCAACGAUCUAGGUGAUUGCCUAAACACAGAAAUCGUUUGCACCCUAGCUGGUCUUGGUUAUUCGGAAGGCAGCGAUUACUACAAGAGCCCAGACUGUCUAGGUAGGUUGCAAAGUGGAUAUAUUUCUUAAAACUGAAAAUGUUGUUGCUGUAAUCUGUUUUCAGGUUAAACCAGUAUUCUUCCCACUUUUAUGCUGAGCUCUCUUUGUUGCUUAGCCCCUUAUUCAUAGAGACAAAGGAAAUUCUGUAUUAACCUGAGAACAGAUUUUACCUGCAACAAAAAUAUAAGCUUAAUUAUGGUGCUUGCCAUGCCUCAGGGUGGUAAAGGGGUCUUCAGGGACAUGUGGGCCCCAAAUGUGAUGCGUGAUUGGGCCCAAUUUGGCUGCAUCAGGUGUGAUUAGCAGGGUGUUCAUCAGGCAUCAGAGAUCAGAGAAUUCUGUAUUUACUAUGGAAAAUUCUCCGAUUAACGUUUGGUAGCCUGUGACUAUUUUCUAUUCAGACGAGGAGCCUCUUUCAGAAUAUUCUCCUGUAAUGUUACACCUUUCUCCUACUACUAGAAAUCCUAAUUAAAACCCUGGAUUAGUCAUAGUAGGGUGGUGUGUGAUUUACUAUUUUCUUAAUCUGUGACGUAUGAUUUUCCUUUUGGAUUUCCGUUAAUGGUGAAUAUUAUUUGAAUUUAGAAGCAGACAUUAAAAACAGAUAGUCAUGACAUCAUUUUCUCGUUCUUUUUCUCAUCCUUCAUCUCCUCCUGGUCUCCUGUCAAAAUCAUGUUAUGACCUCUAUUCUCAGUCAGUGAAUACUGGUUGACACAGUGAAUGUUUGAACAGCACCAGAUUUCAGAAAACCCUUUUUUACAAUUAAUGUCAUUUAAUUAACUGUGCAACUCUCCAGCCUUCUUGACUGAAAUGUGCUCAUUCUGGUAUAGUUUGAAAGAUCUCUCCCCCCUGCACAAGUUAAAUGACAAAGUUGUCGUUGACCAUUAAAACUGAUGAUAUCAUAAGUGUUAGAAGGGAUGUGGAUCUGCAUGGGUGGUUACAGGGGGUUCAGGGGCAAAUGGGUUAAUUUUAUCCUUGAUCCACAUUCUGCUCUAUUGUAUCUCCCAGUGUGUUAAUCAUCGUUCAAUGUAAAUGGUUGGGGAUCGCAGGAGUGUUUCGUGAUAAAUUUUCUGUGACGGGCAGUAAUCACAAAAUAUAAAAAGCUAACCCCAAUGUGAAAAAGGGUAUCCAAAGAAAACAUCCUUCAUACAUCAAUAUUAAAGUAAGUAAUCUUUUUUUCCAUAAAAUGAAAUUGUUUCUGAUGUUUGCAGAGAGCCUCAAAGACUUGGUCAGAUUUUUAAGACGUGAUGACACCACGUGUGAAAUAAGACGCCAACUUGGAUAUUCUGAAGUGCUGCAAAAUGUAUGUUCCUUUUUGUGCUAUUUUUUUAAGAGUACUAACAGCUAUAACAAUUCCCUUAAAUUGUGAAAACUCGGACUGUUAUUCAAUGAAAAUUCAAGCAAGCUAAAGGUUAGUACUUGUUGCCCAAGUAAAAGGAUUAUUAAGCAAUCUGCAUUGAAAUUCUACAAUGUACAUGUCAGCCAAUACGCCAGCCAAUACCUGGCCAGUAUACCAGUCGACACUUGGCCAAUACAGGGAGUAUUGUUGGUGGAAUAUCGGUCAACUGUCGGUGGAAUAUCAGUCAUAUAAUAUAAAUUUGUGUUCAUAAAUUAGAACAGGGGAGCUGGGUUUCAGUGUUAUGCACAAGACAUUGUGGUCAUAGUUUCUGUUCUGUUGUUUCUGUCAACCCAGGUCAGCCACGCUGUGUCAACUUGUUGGAUUUCUGCUGUGGUUCUACGCAUGUUAUAACGUUAGAUAUUGUCCUUGAGUACCUCUCAAAGACGAUGCCAUAGCAGUCCCUAUUUUUGUCAAAAAAAUUGUGCACACUCUUGAAAUAAUUAUACUCUCACUUUAGACUGGUAAAAGCCGCCAAAGCCCCUUAAAAAUUGCUGCAUGGACAACGUAACAAAAAUUUAAGUAGACAAAAAGUUUACCGUUGACUAAGUAUCAGUGAAGUAUAUAUCGGCUGAAUGACAGUAGCCUAUCAAAAAUUAUUGACAUGUCGGCUGACUAUUGGUCAACAUACUGACCAAGACUGUCAGCCAAUCUGUCGGUGGACAUGUCAGCCGACUCUUGGUUGACUAUCGUUCGACGUAUCAGCUGACCGAUGUUGGCCGACAGAUUGACCUGGGGUCGGCCAAUAUGGUGAACGAGUUUUGGCUGACAUGUUGAUUGAGUAUCGGCCCAUAGUGUCAACCAAUACUCAACUGAGGGGUGCGCAAAUUACACAAGAUCUAAUGAUUGUCCUCUUUCAGGAUCUGGUGGCAAUUCUUAAAAGCUGUUCCUCUACAGAAAGAGAGAUUUUUGAUAUGGUGAUAAGGUACUUGCAGCUAAUUUGUACUUCUAAUAUUCUAUGAUUAAACCUUUUGAAUGUAACCUUCAUGAUCUGCAGUGCUUUUUCGUGAUGCAGCUAUUUAUUUCUACUCUCAACGUUGAUUUACAAUGUAUUAGCUUUGCAUUGUAGCAUGAUGGCGGGGUAAUAAGGAGCUUUAGAUUAUACGACGAGGACGACUUUGUGAACAAGAUUUUCCCAAUACUUAUUUGUAGUGCACUUGCAUGAACCAACGUCAGAUGUGGGCAAAUGUGGUAGCCUUCGUCAUUCUACUACGAAUUUUAGUGAGAACUUUGUAGUAGCCAAAACAAGUUAUCAAAUGUUAGAAAUUUUAUCAUUUUUUCAGUGAUCAAGAGAGGGCUUUACGUCCUUCAACGGAUCCCCCCCUAGGUAAAGUGUAAUAUGGCUCCUGCCAUAAAACUGAAGUAAAUCAAGUGGAGGACUGUCUUUCUUUUGUUCCAUUUCUGACAUGUUAUACAUGUAACAACUGUUUUUGUGUCUGUGAUUUUUGAUUUGUUUGUUUGUUUUAGGUUAAUGGUUAAUUUGACUCAGCCAGCAGUGCUGUGCUUUGGAAAUAACAUCCCAGAUGACAAAACUGGUCAGCAUUAUUACUUGGACCUUGUAACCCAGUUACAGUCCUAUAAAGAGGUAGUGUACUUUAAUUGCAGAGAGCAGAUUCACCAUACAUUAUAUUCACACUCUGUUCUUGCACCAAUGUUUUCAUAAAUAAACAACGGGAAUGUAGGUGACGCGUAUAGUAUUAUUGUAAAAACCACUAAGACUUUCCUUCAGUAUGUAAAACACCUUUAAAAAUCGGCUAUUAAAACCCGUACAAAAAUGCGUUUUAAGUCUAAAAACAAUACAAGAACAAACUCAGCUUACUAGGUUAGUGAAAUACGACUUUUCAUAGGCACCUCAACCCUCUUCUGUUUGGGAUUUCAAAAUUUGGCCGCUGGCCAUAUUAACUGGUGACCGUAUCAGCAAGAGUUUUUUUAUGAGAAAAUGAACAUGUGUGGCCAUUUUGCCGUGCGGAAGUAAAGUGGCUGUAAUGAUGAGGUGACCAUAUUACCGAGGUGGCCGUAAAGCGGGGUUCCGCUUAGCUGCAAAAAGAUUUUCCAUAGCUUAUUUAUUCGGGAUUAUUGCCUGCACUGUUUUUCAUGUGACAUUAUCCACACUGCAGGCCUUCACAGAAAAAGAAGUGAUGUCAGUGAUUGGACGAGAGCUUGGAAGGUUACUUCAGAUGGUAGGAACAUUGUUAAAUAAUAUUAAACUAGACAAUUUCUGAUUUAAUUAACCUUUCCAUCAGUGGUUCAAUGUUUAUUUUCUUUCUUGUUUUACUUAUUGGCUUUUGUUUUCUCAGGAAUGGGAUGAACGACUAGAAGAAGACUCUCUUUUAGUUGAGAGAAUUCUGUUGCUGCUUAGAAACAUUCUUCAUGUACCAGCUAAUAAGCAGGCAGAAAAGGUACAUGUAUUAUAGUUUCACUUAUUAGCAAUGAAGCCAGACGUGUGCCUCAACAGUGUUGUCAGUGACACCUCUUGAUUUUUUUUCGUACACUGUACAUAGCUGAUUACCAUUUUUCUUUAUUUUGUAAAAAGACUAUGAGUAACGUAGUUGUUUAUUCAUGUUUCACACCCUUAGAAAAGAGCAGCUGAAAAAGUGUGAUUUGAAAUACCUUGAAACAUUUUGACCGUUAACAGGGUGCAAAGAAAGUCAGUUUCACCUGCCAUUCGGGCAAGCUGUAGCUAGCAUGUACUAGCCCACAAGUCAUUUCAACUAGCCCCGAAACCCUUUUUGAUUAGCAGGAUUGAUUACCAUCCUUCUGUAAUUUGAAUUUCCCCAAAAAACAGCACUUGCCCAUUGGGCAAGUUAAGAACAAAAAUCACCAGCCCGAUAGCAAAAUCCACUAACCCCGGGCUAUCGGACACGACUUUCUUUGCACGCUGGGUUAAUAUUUAUCUCUAUUUUUACCCUCCUGUAUGAUUUUUCUACCCAUGGAAGUUCACAUUUGUUUUUGAUUUUCGGAUUCAUUACCUCCAAGUACUUCAUGUUCCUGAGCAGCACUUUGCAUUCUUGUUCUUUAUGGACAAUAUUAAGCCCCCUCAGAUGUAUUAAUUUUAAAUAACGCCCCCAGUUUUACAGAAAUCUAAUCACCUGUAAAAAGUUAACUUUGUUUUUCUUGUAAAUGAAGAGAACAGAUGAUGAUGCCAGCAUUCAUGACCAGGUUAUAUGGUAGGUUCACUAAUCAAGAUACGGAAUCUGGGCUGUCGCUAAUUUUUUUUGUUUAAUAUGCUCUAUGAACCACAUAAAUCACAACGUAUACAGGAGGGAAAGAAAAAAUGAUAACAAUAAUGAUAAUGAUAAAAUAAGUAAUGGCAACAGGACUGAGUGGAGUCCAAUUCGGUCUGUAAUCAUAUGAGUGAUUAACAAAAUCGGACGACCGCGUAGCGGGAGUCCGAUUUGUUUAAUCACGAGUAUGAUUACAGACCGAAUUGGACGACACGAAGUUCUGUUACCAAUUAAUCAUAACUUUAACAAAAUUUGUGAUACAAUAGGCUAUUUUUUAAACCAAAACACAAGAAAUUCGAAAUCCUGUUUUGCUAGCAGUGAAAAAAAACGCCAUUUAAGCACGCGCGUGAUGGCGCGUACUGUCCUAUUAAACUGUCCAAUUAAGGCUGAAAUCAGGGCAGUUGAGAGCCAAUCAGAUUUGACAAUUUUGUUAUAGUUAUGAUUACUGUUAUAAUAGGGCUGUUACUAAGAUUUCAAGUUGCCGGGUACAUACAACAAGUACGCGGGAAUCAAACAGCUAGGGAUUUCUUUUAGUUCUAUUUUUCUUCUAUUUUCCUAUGAAAGUAGCUGGAGGCCACGUUCUUAGUAGCUGGAGGAAAUCCCCAGCCCCCGCCUCUUUAUUAAUGACAACCCUGAGAAUACAGUCUCACAUACUUUUUAACUACUGUUGAACAUCCAUUAAGUGGCUACCUUCGACUGUAUUUUCCUUCAUUAUAUUUUUUUGAAAUAAAGCCUAUUGAAACUAAGUGUAUCAAGCACUUGAUGGCUUCUUGACAGAGGUGACAACAGUAGUAGAACUCUCAUUUGAAUGGCCAAAAGAUGGCCAUGGCCACUUGAUAGAGGUGGCCCCUUAAUAGAAGUUCCAUUUACAAUUACAGUGGACUCCCGGUAACUCAAACCCUCUAUAACUUGAACUUCCUGCUAACUCCAAGCAACUUUCAUUUCAAGUCCCGAUAACUCAAACCUUUUCCUAUUUCCCUUGAAGGCUCGAAUUAGCGGGAGUCGACUGUACAAUUAUUUCCCAUAGUUAUUUUGGGAUUUUGAUUACUGGUACAGACACCUCUAUGUUGAUGCUUGGUUCUCUUCAUUUAAUUAAUGUCCAGAUUGAGAAGGGUUUUCUGUACCAUCAGUACAUGUACGUGGUUGAACAGAACAAAUAACCAGAUUAUUAAAUAACAGUGAUCUAUUUUUUUAUUUAUUUCAUUCUUGAAGGAAUCUCCAUACCAAUGGAAUUGAUGAUCUGUUGCUCUUUAUAGCAAGUUCCCCAGAUGAGGUGGGACAUUUUUUAACAGUUAAUAACAAUGUUUCAUAAAGAAUUUGAAAGUCCUUUAUUGAUGGGGAUAUGAAUACAUUCAUAUCUGCGGGUUAUUUUGGUUGUCAACCCCUGUAACCCUCGAAUACCAUUCCUUUGUCAUCUAUUGAGUUACAGGAGUUGAUCUCAUGUCCAAUCUAGUUUGUUGACACCUGUUUAUUUUUCCAAACACACAUCUUUACAGCCCUUUAACAAGGUCAGUUGUGUGAAGAGGUCAGUUAUAUGGGAGUUCAAUGGUACUGAAAAGAAACACAUGAGAAGUCUGGGAGGCAGCAUGGCUGAGUGGCUAGAGUGCUGGACUUGCAAUUCGGAGGCCCCGAGUUCAAGUCCUGCUCUAACCCCUAGCUGGAUUUGUUCGCGAUAGUCCCGAGUUCAGGUGCUCGGCCAGCUGGUUUGCCUGUGGCCAGUUGGGAUUUCUUAACCCUGUUAAGUUUGAUUUAGAUUAUUUGUUUCAGGCGUUUGCUGGGCCCUACCCCACUAGCAUUAGUGCUAUAAAUACUGCCGAGGGUAAAUAACAGAAUUAUUAUUAUUAUUAGUAGUAGUAGUACUAGUAGUAGUAGUAGUAGUAGUAGUAAUAUUCUAAAAUACUGUACCGGUGUUUCCUACUGUAUUAACUGAUUUGGAUUGUCCCUUUGCAGAGACGUUGGAGCAUGCAUGUACUGGAAAUUGUUUCAUUAAUGCUGAGAGAACAGGUUGGGUUUUACAACGCUGGGUUCACACUUAGUACAUGUGGGGCAAUAUCUUGGGGCAUUUUUCUUAAUUUACUGAAUAAUUAUUGUGAGUAUCAAGCAUGCAUUAGAUGGCUGCAACCCUCUUAUCUUCUUGGUAAGAAUUAAAUUACAGGAGAAAAGAUAGUAAUCUGUAAUAGAUAUUUUCAUUCAUUAUUAUUAAAAGUUGUACUCUAAGAAUUAACUUUGAAUAUGAAAAAUAAAUCUUGUAUUAUAAUUAUGAACUGAGGCUGGAGAUGUGGAAGUGGAUUUCAGAUACUUAUCCCACUGCUUACCAGUUAGUUGUUUAUUUUACUCUAACAAUCUUGUCACAUUCAUGGUUAAUUAAGGGUUGUUCAGAACUAUGUAUGACUUAAAUGCUUUAAUGAAAUCACCGUAAAAUAAUAUAUACAUGUACUACACUAGUAAAACUACAGUCACUGUAAUUCCAUUUGGCCUCACAAAGGUUCCAUGAUUCCUCAAGCAAGUUACACAUAAGUGAUGCAAGGUUUUUGUCAAGUUUUACUUGCAAAGGGUUAUUUUCUUUAUUUUGUUCUCUGUAGAAUGCAGAAUUGCUAGCCAAGGCUGGCGAAGGGAGGUCCAGGAGUGAAAAGAAGGAAGACGAAAGGUACAAAAUUACAGCCAUUCAUUGGAACAAAUUAAGUAAAUUUACUUAUCACGAUGUCAUCAUAUUAGAGCCUGCAUAUGCUUAAAUUUAAAUGUACUUUAAAAUAUUAAGAGGUUACAGUCUUUGUUUAAUUUUCAUAUUCCAGUUUAUUUCUUUUUUUCUAAGUUUAGCAUCUUAAAUCCUUUCCAGACAACUGGAGAUUCUUUAUCAGCAAGAGCUUGCAAGUAAACUAAAUAAUGCAAGAAAGUUUUCUGGCAGGUAAGGAUAAUUAUUUUUGAUUUCUUUCAUUUUACUUAUGAUAUGAUGGCAGCAAAAAAUACCAUAGCCAUUUGUAAUAGAGGUUGUGAGCAGUGAACACUGAACUUGAACCUGAGUUGUAUUUUUUUAAAAGUCUGAUUAGUUUUUUUACUUCCAAGUAUUGAAAUUGUGAGCAGUCUUUUAAGUUACAGUGUAUCUCACUUUGAUCAUCUUCCUAGCUACCAGUGUGUAUUUUGAAUAACUAAAGCUGCCAAAACAAUGUAGAGCAGUGGUUCCUUUUAGUUGAACUACAAUUGGUUUUCACAUAAGUUUCUCUCCACCCUAGACAUUCUAGGUUUGGAGGAACAUUUUAUGUGCAGAAUAUGAAGUCUAUAAAUGAUCAGAAUCAACUCAUAUAUCACAGACCUCUUGCUGGUAAGUGUCUAAAAUACAUGUGAAUGUCAAUAGUGUAGUUAUAUGGUUAAUAUAUUCCUGCCAAUUAAAUUUCAGAUCCCUGUGAACUAGUACAUUCUAGAAUUCCGAAGUGGAAAGAGUUUUCCAUUAUGCAUUGUUCUAAUAACACACUACAGUGUAGAAUUUUAAUAAUAACAGCUAGGUGUCUUAAGGUGGUUAAACAGUCACGGAACCUUUGUAAGUCCAAAUGGAAUCACGGUGGUUAAAACGUUUUUAUGGACAACAAGACAGUUCAGCUGACUAGAUAAAACCCAUCCCCACUUAUGGACAGUCCCUCUACUGGUGACAAUUUUGUUGGCUGUAGCCCACACUCAAGUGCAUGCGCUUCUAGACUUCAAGUAAAGCAAUUAGGCCCAUGCUCUGCAUCCCGUCUCCAAAAUUUUUUCUUGGAAAUCCAGUUCAUUCAGCAGUUUUCAGUGUCAUUGCUAGCUGUUGGAUCCCUUAACUGAUAAUUGGCACUAGAUAAUCAUACACUGUCUCAUAUCUCAGUUACGCUACGCUCUGAUCUGCUGCCGAUGUGUCCACUGUCUAUCUCUAAUUGUAUAUGCAAUAUUUUCUCUUUUCUUUGUGACAUAGAGGUAAACAAUAUGACCUUUGAUCACAAUAAGACAGCACCAAAGAAGAGGAAAAAACAAUUGGCUGCAAAAGAAAUGGGAGAUGAGAGGCGAUCCACAUUGAGCAUAAGGUGUGUGCAUUGAUAAGCAUGAUGCAGUUUUCAUUUUCCAUGGUAUAGUAUUAUGGGUAACUGUCUAAUACUGUCAAUUAUGAACACUCUUAAUUAAAACGAAGUUAGAGGGCAGUUAAGACAAGGGGACUUUGCUGUAGUUGGAGAAAGAAGUAAGAUAGCUAUCCUUUGAGUUCCAAGGUGCUCCAAUUUAGAGUUUAUCUUGUGUCACAAUUAAGAAUCAAGAGAAUGCUUUUGUCCACCUGUGCAACUUCUUGACUCAAUAUCACUUUUCACAUCAGCUGUGGUAAACUAAUUAGGUACCUUUUUUACUUGAAAACUGGACUUGUCUAAUGGACACAAUUUGUCCACCUGUGUUGUAAAAACGUCUUUACAACUUGCAUCAGUUCAACAGUGUUGGACAAGACAAGCUGUCAUGAUUUAUAUGAUGUAUCAAAAGGAUAAGUGCCAACCAGCUGAAUCUUAUUUUUUCUUCCCCAAGGUUGUUUCUGAAAAAUUUUUGUAAGGGAUUCUUACAGAAUUGCUACAAUCCAUUAAUGUUUGUAGUUAAGGUAAGUGGUCAGUAAUAGUAAGUAACUAGUUUGAUAUAAAAAGUCAACUCCCCUUGUUGCAGACACCCUUGACACUGUGAGCUACUGUUCUCGUUAUUGAGAGUCUGCAAUAGUGGGUUACAAGAAGAAUUACAAAUAGAUACUAUGUGCAACUAAGAAAUGCUCAGAAAAAAUCCGAGCCCCCAACAGGAAUCGAACCCAUGACCUUCCAGAUACCAGUGGGAUGCUCUAACCACUGAGCUAUGGGCAACUCAUAAACAAGCAGGUCGUGGGUUUUGGGGUAGCCACAGGACUUUUCAUCUUGCGAGUACGCUGGACUAAAGCAGAGCAACACACUGACUUACUUGCAUCACGCAAGUACCUUAAGAAAGUGUUGUGUACACUUUAAAACCAACCAAGCACCCAAGUGUGAUGAAGUAAUAUUAUGAGAAGAAUUUCCUUAGAAAUCAUUUGCAUCAGAGUUAAUUGUAAUAAAUGUAGUAUUGUAGGCAGUUCAUAUAGGCCACUAGCAGAAGCCAUAAUAAUUAUGAAUUUAAUGCUGGGACAACUAGUUAAGGCUAGGUUACCUUCUAGUGGGAGCAUGGCGGAUGUGCACAGUAAAACAGCAUGUAAGCUGUUGAUCUAUUAACUUGUUGAGACCCUUAGAAAAGGGCUUGUAAGUCCACAAUAGCAAAAAUUUGUAAUGAUAGGAGUUUUUUAGUUAAAAUGUCUGUAAGUUAUGCUGGGAUUUAGCAACUGACUGUAUACCGGGCUGUUAGUAAUAGUGAGGUGUCCACAGGGCAAGAUACGUAAAAGUUACUUGAGGCAAGGUUCAGUGUUAAGUUGAUUUUGUUUUAUCAUGCCCCACAUAUGUAUGUUCUUAUGUCGUCAGGAUAACCUCAAGCAUGGAAGGUCACAAGAAAAUGAUGAAACAUACUUCCUGUGGGCCAUGAGGUAGAAGCAAAGCGGUCCCCUAUGACUAGUCUAUAGAAAGUCCAAAAGCUAUCAUUUUAUGAACCUUAAGGUGCACAGCAGUGAAAUUUGGUGCAAGGAUGAAAAGCUUUUGUAGCCAGGGGCUACAAAGUUCUGUGACAUUCUCCCCUAGCUAUUUUGCCUUCAUCUUCUUGCUAAACAAAAGAUGAAAUGAACCAGAGAUCCAAAUAAUCACCUACAAGAGAAGGCUUUUUUCCAUGCUACCCUUUGAUUUUAUCAUGUACAAUAUUUUUGACAAUUAUUUUGGUCUGUUUCUAGGUUCUUUAUGGAAUUCAGUAGACACCAUGACUUCAGAGUGGACUAUAUAAGGUAAACAUCAGUGUGCAAAGAAAGUCAUGUUUGAUCUGUUUGCAUUCUUAACUUGCCCUGGUAAGUGAAGUUUUUUGGGGGGGAUUCAAACUUCUGAAGUACUGUGAGACAAAUUGUUGUUAUUCUUCACUUGAUUUCAUUUCCGCAGUUCACAUAAAUUAUAUGAUUUAUUUCAUGAACAUUUGUCACAUCUCAUCUCUUUCACGGGAACUUAUGAACACAUAAUUGACCUGCUCCCAACAUCAGUGGCUUCAUAGCUUCAUUGCCCAGAGGGUCACACCGGUAUCACAAGGUCAUGCGUUCAAAUCCCGUUGAAGUUGUGAAUUUUUUUCAGGAUUCUCUUUAAAGACCUAAUAAAUUUUUGUGGGUGGAGAGCUGUUUUUCAAAUUGAUCUGAUUAUUGAUGAAUAAUGAUUAAUUUAUGCCAAUACUGCUCAUCAUAAAUUUGUCAGACCAGUUAAAAUGACUCUUGGGUUAGUACUUGCGAACUUCAGCUUGCCUGAAGGGCAAAUUGCGAAAAUUCUUUUCUUUGCACCAUGAAACAUGCCUGUUAUUUAAUCAUCUUAAGGCCCCACCCUCAGAGAAAGGCAACUGGCAGCUCAAUAUUCCUGGCCAGCUGCUCAAUAGAGACUCACCAGCACGGCUGCCCAGUUAGCUCAGUUAGGAGAGCACUGGCCUGCUGAGUGGGAGGUCAUGGGUUCAAACCCUGGCUGGAACCAACAACCAGGGUCUUUUCAAAAAACUGAUGAGAUUAUGCUGGCUGCGAUUUGAGACCUUGCCUCCGUUUAGAUAAUCCCAUCUUUGGGUGUCGGCCUUGUCUCCUUCAUCCUUCUUUCAUUAGUCAAAAUUGAAGGGGACAUAAAAACCUACACUUCUGUUUGGAAAGAGUAGGGGAAGUUAGCCCGCCGUCGUGUUGUCUACCUUUCACACAUCACGUAUCUUUCAUGUAAUGGUCUAUGGGUGGGUUACAGUAAGCUCAUAAAUGGAUUGAAAGCAGCUGCCACUGGCACCUUGUACUCUGAAGUCUGAGGGCGCAUCUUUUUUGUUCUCUAAUCCAUGACAUUAGAUUACAUUACACAGAAAGCAGUUUUACAACUUGUUUUAAAGAAGACUGCUUAAUAGAGGAUAAGCUCAGACUGUUUGUGUCAUUCCAUGUCCAUUGUCUUUUAAACAUGGUGCUGUUGUUUUUUAUGUUCUUAGUGAGACACUUAGUGUGGUGAGCUUCACAGACCUGCUUAACAUCAUCAUCAAAUUUUAUGAUGGAUGUGAAUCAAACAAAAGUGAAGCCCUUGUCUGGGGAAGGAGGUAAGAGUUAUCCCUGUUAAAAGGUUUUCUUCUUCCAGAGAUGAAUAGCUAGAAAGCUAUGGGCAACAAAACUGGACACAAUAGUGAAACAUCUUUCAUAUCGUGAGUUAUGUCUGUGGCUUUAAUCACACCUUGGUCAGUUUGUACAAUCCACAGAAGUUGAAUUCACACAUGUGUUGAUCAAGUUAAGGAAGAAAAUUAGAAAUUUUGUCUGUGUGUUACAUCCUUUGUAAUACUGCCAUUAGCAUUAAAUUAACAAAAAUGUUGUGUUAGUGAUAAUGCUAAUCUUGAUGAUGUUGUUGUUGUUGUUGAUAAUUUUGAUGAUGCUGAUGAUGAUAUUGAUGGUGAUUAUGGUGAUGAUGAUGAUAAUGCCAUUAAUGAUCAUGAUGAUAGCAAUACGGAUAACCUUAGCCUUUCUCUUUAUGAGGCCGGUUAAGGCCCCUUGGAGAGGAACAAAAGUUAAGUGGUCAACUAACACAGUAAUAAAAAAUAUACCUUUGUAGGCUACACCUUGCAAUUCAAGCUUACAAAGAGUUGAUUCUGAAUGUCAUGUACAUGGACAAGUCUGAUGACGAAACUUUGGUAGAAAAUGCUAAGAUCAUUAAAGGUAAGCAGAGGUGUUAACUACUAUUAUGACAGGUAGAAGAAAUGUAAAGUUGCUGAUGAAAAGCAUAAUGUUAAGCCAUUACAUCCAUAUUUGUACUGCAAUAUUAACUCAAGAAUAAACUAGAGAUUUCUUGUGGUAAUUUUUUGAUGAAUGUUAGAUCAAUGUUUAUUUCUGACUUUUCAGGAAACAUUUUUUACAUGUCUGAGUACAGAGAUACAUUGCUAUCACUUGUGAGGAAGUUUCACAUGUCAAAACAUACAAAGUAUGGAUACGUUAUUGUAUAAGUGUGUUGUUAUGUAUGUAUUUGGGACUCUAAGAUACAUAUGUCUUUUUUGGUGUGCUAUUUGGAUUGCUGUAAUAUUUAAUGCAGUGAAAGUGCAAGCAAUGAAUUAAAAUUUUUAUUUUCAAAAUUCACCUGAAAGUUAUUUUUCCAAGACCCUUUUCACACUCAUGAAUUUUAAAACACUUGCAUGAUUUUUUCACAUGCAUCUGCAAGGUCAAAUCAGAUCACAGCUUGUUAGAUAAGUGAUUGAAGAUUUCCUAUCUCAACAAAAUCUUUCAAACCAGCAAAAGGGUGGUGUAAUAUACUGAAACUGUUUGGCCCUUGUUGUUCAUAAAUUGCACAGUGCUAUCCACUGGAAACAUUGGUAUCCAGUACAUAAGGAUAAGAAAUACUAACUGCAUCACCUACUGGAGAAUUAUUUCUCCAGUGGGUAUUAUUAUCAGCGGGGUAUUUUGCAGAAUGCCGAAUGCAGAACACCAAAUGACUCUGAGUUAGUGACUGGGGCUAGAAAACUGAGUAAUUCAGGUUCCAUUUAAGGUCGUUACUCUAGGAAAACAGACCUGAAACUUUAAUAUAUUCACUCAGUUUUCUAACCCUAAUCACCAAACUUCAGAGUCAUUCGGUGUUCUGCAUUCGCCAAACACCGGACGAAGAACGCUGAAUGACUCUGAAGUUUAGUGAUUAAGUUUAUUCACUCAGUUUCCUAUACUAACCCUAAUCACCAAACUUCAGGGUCAUUUAGUGUUCGGCAUUCUGCAAAAUACCUAUGGUAUGUUUUCCUCCUUAAUCCUUUAAGCCCCAAUAUCCACAUACAAAUUCUCCAAACUGAUCUCUAUAUAUUUCCUUAAAGAAUGAGUUGAGAGAAUUUGACAAAAGAUCAAAGCAUUUUGUCUAAGGUGAUCAUUUUAUUAAUUCUCAUAACCUAAUCUCUUGACAAUGUAUGGAUAUCAUUGGGAGAAAAUUGAUGUUGGUCACUAUUGGGACUUAAAGGGUUAAAACAACUAGUCCCAGGCCCCAGUUAUUUGUAAGUUGGACAGUGCUAUCCACCAGCCACUAUAAGGAUUAGGAACACAAAUUAAUUGCAUAAAUCUAUCUUUGGAAGUCAUCAGAGGAAUUUGGUGUGACUCUGUAAUUUUUUUUACCUAUGUAUUACCUGUUUCUAAGUAAUUGAAUGACUUUACAUUAAUAUUGUCCUUAUCAUAGGGGCUACCUGAGAGACUUGAUUGAAGCUUUUCACAUUUUCUUGAAAAUGUUAGAAAAAUACUGCUCUGGAAAAUCUCAUAUAGUGGUUCAGGUAAGGGUUGAAUUUUCAUUUAGCAAUAUACCAAACUUUUUGCUGUGAAAAUAGGUACAGUAUCUGUUAUUUUAUAAUAAUAUUAUGCAGUAAUAACUGCACAUUUUUUCCAGAUACACAGUGGAAUAAGCAUAGCGUAGCUCUUAGAUCCAAUAUGGUUAAAUAAAAGUUGGAUCAUGUGUCUUUUAGGGGACUGUCGAUUGAUGUAUUGGCCGCUAUGUUGGCCGGGAUGUUAGUCAAGAGUUGACCGAGUAUUGGCUGACAUGGCGGCUGAUAUGUCAAUUGACAGUUGACCAAGAUGUUGGCCGAUACACCGAUCGACAGUCCCCCAAAAUAUACAGGAUCCUAAAACUUUUGUGUUGUACUAGUAUGGUGCUUCAGUGCAACCAAACAAUCUAAAGGGUUGUGGAAAAUGUCAGGGAUGUGCUACUGGUAACAGUUACAGUUUUCUUAAGUGCAGGUGCACUAGGUAAUAGUGUAACAUAAUUUAUUUGCAUGAUUUGUACUAAUUAUUUUGUUGGUUUUAGAAAAAGAAAAAGGCUUCAAAGAAGAAGAAAAGAACUCCACUUUCAAGUAAGCUUCCCUUUUUGCUUAGUGUGUGGCCUUCUGUGCAGGAGGUCCCAAGUUCCUGGUGGCUCCUAACACCUUACUUUUGCUCUCAGGCAACUAGAAAAUCUUAGUUUUUUUUAUAUAAAUGCUAUGCUGGGCAGCCUAAAUUUUGCAGGUUUACGGCACUGGGCUCCCUUAAAUUUUCCUCACAGCACAACCUUGUGUUUUAUUUAGAAUGAACAUGAUGUGAAGUGCAGGAAUAAUCUUUAAUUAGAUUUGCUGUUUUGUUGUUAAGUUUAAUUUAUGACACCAACAGGCAAGCUUAUGUUGUUAUACAUUCAUGACUGUCUAUUUUACUGUCUUCUCAGAUUCCUCAGCAAACUGGACACCAGAGGAAAUUGACCAGAGGUGGCAAGAUUUGGCAUCAGAUCUGUCAGCAAUGCUUCAAGGUCACACAGGGGACAUUCCUGAGUCUGUGGCCCCUUUUGAUGCAGCAUCAGAAAUUCCCAUUGAUGAACAAAAGUGAGCAACUGAUUAUGAUUGUUAGUAAUCCCUGUUUUUCCAGUGUAUGUGUUUUUUCCAAUUUAUAUUGUGAUUUCCUGGCAUUUACUGGAGUCCAGAGUAUAGCUCUCUGUAAAUUCUGGUGGGGAAGGUAGGGCUAUGCUUUAGCCGCACCUGGUGGUGCCUUAUGCCAAACUUUUACUCCUGGGCAACUAGGAAAUCUCCAGUUUUUCAUAGAAAUCGCAUGCAAGGCAUAGUGGAUUUGAUGGGUUCAGAGGACUGGGCUCACUUCAUUUUUUUUCUUAGACCACAGCCUCGGUAGAUGUGUUAAUUGAAAAUACUACCAAGUGCAGUGAUUUUCCACAAAACGUUUGACAGACUAGUUUUCACAAGCAUGUCUUGUGUGUUGCAGGACAAGUGCUUUAUCUCGGAUUCAAGGAUUUCUAAGAAAUCAACAGUCUGGCGAAGCUAUUGCAUUACUCAGGGCAGCUAGGUAAAGUGUUAAAAUGGUAACAUGGUCUGGACUUUACUCUCAGAUGUACAAGGUUUGGAGGUGUGGAUGUCAAAGCACCCUUAAUCCAGAACCCAGUAAAUGUUCAUUUAUUCCUCCAGGAAAUUUUGGUAAACUAGCUAACAAGCAUUUGCUAUGUGGUAUCUUUGGGGCCAAGACAACUGUAUGCUAUAGAGAGAUGUGAAACUCCAUCUGAGUUUUAGCCCUUAUAUGGAAAUGGGCAUACUCAGGGAAAGAGAAGAAAAAACAUUUUGGGGUUGGUAAACGUUAAACCACAAGAAUGGUACUAAAGUACUUUGUUGCCCAGGCUUCCAAAUGUGGGCCCCAUUAAUUUUUCAAAGGGUGUGUUGACUCACUAGGGUAAAUUUCAGUAAUUUGAUAAUUUCUGUUAAUUUUGAAAAAUUAUGGGGAAACACAACUACAAACAUUUCCUUUUUGAUAAUCUGUUCAGUUCCUUUUUUAUUUCGUCAGACAAUCUAGAAGCCCUGUAAGUAUUAUAGAUCUUCUGAAAACAUUGACUUUACCUCUAUUUGUGCUAUGCAAUAUUCUCUAUGGUUUUAAACAUUUUUCACUGUCCUUGCAUUUCAUGCUUUUAAGCCUCCAGUUUAAACUUGAAACUAAAUUGCUUAUGUUAAAUAAAUGGACAUUAGUUUUCUUUUGACGUUCACUUCAGAGAUGUAUGGCCAGACGAUCAGUUUGGAUCUGCUGGAAUUGGCGCUGAAGAAGAGUUUAUGUGUUUGUGUGAUAUUUUCAAAAUGCCUUUACCUAAUGGUGAGUUAGCAAAGGAUGCUUUGUGCAUGAUCCAUGUCACAUUAUGGUAUUACUUCCCUGUUCUUAGGUAUACCUCUUUGUUUUCAGGUAUACAAACAUGUACCUCAAAAAUUUGAUACUUUUACUUCAAUUUGUUAGGGCAUUUGGGUAGACAAUUCCCUCUUGGGUAGUGUCAAGCAAUUUUUUUCAAACUAGAAUUUGUGUUUUCAUUAUCAAACAUAUAAAAUAUGCCAAAACAAAAUUUUUAUAGGUAUUCCAGAUCGAAUACCCCUUUAUUGGAUCUGGCAUUUAGGUUCAGACAAUUUCCUCUCUUGUUAAUGGACUAGUAUCCCAUCCAGUAACCCUGUAAUGGGGUAUCUCAUUCACGGGAGUCAAAGCAAAGGCAAGGUGCCUCAUGUCACCAAAACCUUGUAAAGCUCUGACCAUGUUGGCUUUAAUGACUUGUUUCCACCUAGUAUACCACCUUAAACUCUCUGUUUCCCCUGCUUCUGGCACUGCACUUCACCCUCUUUAAUGAGGCACUGUCCUGGCAAGAUAUUACACUUGUACAUAUUAUUGGCAUUUGUUCAUAUUAUUUCUUAUAUGUCUUAUCAGUGACAAUUCCACCUGAAAAUGAAGGAGAUGAAAGGGAAGAAGAAGAGGAUGCCAUCCCAGGUCAGAGAAAUUAUGCAGUUCAACACCUAUAUAAUAGUAAUUCAACAAAGUGUCUGUACAUUUUCCAAAUUUGAGUUGUCAGAGUCGAGAGUUGGUGCUGCCUGGCAUCCUGUGUCUUAUUUUCAUACCAACUGAAACUUAGCACUCUGUUUCUUUCGCUGCACUCUGUACUCUUGGCAGGUUCGAGAUUCUAAUCUGCAUUGUCGUUGAGAAGCGAAUGGCAGUGUACUGGCCCACCCAAAAACCCUCAACUGAAUGGGUUCCCCUACUCCUCCUUGAUAAAGGGGUUAUCCCACUCUAUUUGCUUUCUUCUUAAAACAGUACAAUUUGCCCCCUAUCAAUUAAAUUCCAAAAAUAAUGGUCCAGUUUUGUUUUUCAAGACUAUAUUUAGGCAUUGAAACUGUUUCCUGUCAUCUGGUGCAAAGGAUGGCAAGGAUAGACAUGGAUUGAAACGUGAAAACGUUGAGCCAACUUUUUCAUUGUUUAAUGCUAUGCCUGCCAAAAUCACCAACGUAUUAUGGUUGGUGCUCCCUGGUGAAUUCUUCAUAGUUCUACAGUAAUGAAUUCAGCACAUAAUUGACCUUAGUCAGCAAUAUCAUCGUGAGAUAGCCCCUUUAAUAACAGUAAGUUAUACAAUUAAGGAGAAGGCUACAAAGAAACUUUUAUUUUUAUUACGGUUGUCUCUGUCAAUAACUUCUCCGGCCAGUCAAUAAAGUGUGGUUUGUAGUGUUUCCUGGUCAGCAAAGUACUUAUUACUGACCCAGAUAAUUGAAGGUUUUGAGGAUUCUUUUGUUUUUCAGAGGAAGAAGAGGUGCAAGCUGUACAGGCUCGUGAAACCGAGUUUAGCAUCCAAGAUUUUCUUAACAAGUGAGUAUAAUCGUUUUCUUCCUCUGCAUUCUAUGUUAAAAACCCAUUAUUCUCCAAUCUGAACUAAGAUACGAGGUUUGGUAACUAAUACAGACUAAACGUAAUCCUAAUGUAAAUAAUCAGUGUCGCCAGAAAACCAAGAACUAACCAUUCUGAAAACCAUGGUGAAUUUUAAUCAGUUAAAAUGUCUUUUUAUGUUGUAGACUUGCCAGCCCUUCUCUUAUUCAGCCUUACUGCUGGCUUUUAAAAUUUUACAAUGAAAACAAAGAAGCGACCAACCAUGCCAUCAUUAAGAUGCUGCACCGGGUUGCUGUUGACUUGAAGACACCAUCCAUGCUGUUCCAGCUUUCACUGUUUAGAACAUUCCAGAAAAUUCUCUCCGAUCCAGCAGCAAAUCAGUACAAGGUAAGGUUGGAGCUUGUUUACACCAGUCUUAUUUUCCAAGAAACCGCGUACGUUUCUUUUCCCAUCCAUACGUAAACAUUAUUCAUUGGAUGAAGAAGAAGUGAAGCAGUUCAGGAGUGACUGUUGAUGAUGAUGAUCAUGUGACUUGCUUAGAAAUCCGGUUUUGAGCGACUGUAACAGAAAAAAAUAUACUACCAUCAAUGCAGUCACUGUAAUCAUCAUUACCUGAAAUAUCUUGGUAACGCUCAUUGUGUCAUGACUAAUCCCACUGGAGAUCGGGACACAAGGGCAAACCACAAAGCCUUAGUGCCUUUUGUCCUAAAACAAAAAAAACGAGUCAUCGCUGGGCUCGAAAGAACUCCUGUCCUGUAGUCCGGGACAAGUAGAUGUUCUCGCAGGGCAAGUGAAUGUUAAAGGUUUUUUGCCCAAUCAGCAAGGGGCCAGUCAUAACAUCCUCUAAUAAAAUUAUUAACUAAUUUGAGCAAGAAGUGGCCUUAGGCAAGAAAAAUGUGAGAGCUAGCUGCUUUCCCAAAGGACAAGCUGAAGUUUUUUUUGGAGCCCUGAAUCAGGACACUACUACGUCUGUGUGUGUUGGUUAUGCUCAUGCUUUUGCAUUGUGUCUCAAGACCAGCCUUAAUUGCUACUUGUGCCCAGUGUAAUUACCUAAGUACAUAAGUUGGUUUGAUUUUCGUCAGAUAAUAGAACAACAUACUAGGUUUAUUGUACGUGUUCCAUUGUUGAUCACAAAGAUAGAGAAGGCAAAUAAACCGGUAAAAAAGUUCAUAAUUGUCUUGAUUUGAUUGUUUUGCGCAGGAGAUGGUGAAGUUUUCCAGAUAUAUUGUUGCCAAGUUUUUUGAGAAGUUGCCCAACAACCCAGUGCUUCUAGCCGAGCUCGUGGUUUGGAAGACCGCAACAGAUUGUUAUGAAAUAGAAGAAGGUUAUGGAAGUCUGGCAUUGAGGUAAAAAUCCUCUUUUGAUUUUACCGAAAACAGUGCUUUCCACAGAAGCCAGGUGUCAUUUGAGAUUUGCGCACUAAAUGGUGAAAAGGAUAGGAAAGGUCAUGCAACUCUUCACUUCAUUCAGUAAUAACGACCUACUUUGUUGCUGCGAUAAGAAAGAGAGAAAACCACAUUUAGCAGUGCUACAUUACUGUAACAGUAGCCUGAGAAACAGCCGAUAUUUCGCUACGCCACCACUGGUUUCUCCUCGAAAUGACGUCUGAGAAACGAGUGCAGAAGUUCCAUACUCAUGACGUGUCGCUUAAUAAACAAGAUCUGGGUAGUGUUUCUGAUUGGUUGAAGCAAAUUUCACAUGUGGCACGGCCAAUCAGAAGCACCACUCUGAUCUGGGUAGUGAUGCGUCAUCAGUAUUGAACGUCUGCGCUUGUUUCUCAGACUUCGUUUCGUGAGGAAACCAGUGGUGGCACUGCGUAAUGUCGGUCGUUUUCUCAGACUAUACUGUUAGGCAUUGAAAUGUUAUUUCUUACAGAAAUGCAAGCAAAAAUGCAGCAGUAUGGACGUUUGAAGAGGAAGAAGAGUUGCGAGAAUUGUACGAGGAACUUAAAGGCUCCGAUGGUAUGUGUUACAUUUGUAGUUUUGACGACCAUCUUGUGUUUUUCGCAAGUGAGAAAGACAAAUCCCUGAAGUAUGAAGUAAAUUCUGCUACCGUAAAAUUCCGAAAAUAAGCCCCUCCUUGUAUAAGCCCCCCAAAUUCGUAACGCAAAAAACCCUCCGUUACAUCGCCCCUCCAAAUAUAAGCCCCCUGGGGGGCUUGUACUUGGAAAUUGCCCUCAAAUACAAUGUAAAACAAAGCAAAAACGGUAAAUUUCCUUCCAGCUAUAAGCUAGACCAAUCGAUUUUGAAACGCAAAUUUCCCUCCGUACAUACGCCCCUCCGAAUAUAAGCGCCUCAAAAAGGGCCUUUGAAAAAUAUAAGCCCCGGGGCUUAUUUUCGGAAUUUUAUGGUAAUUCUUUUAAUAUUUAUUUGUCGAAGGGUUCUUAAUAGGCAGUCUCCGAGUUCCAAAAACUCUCACUUUAUAAAUGAGGCUAAGUGUAAAACCUUUCUUGUGAAAAUGAGUUUUUUACAUGAGAAUAAGAAAUCAUUUUCAUAUCAAUGGAGUCACACUUAGCCUCGCUUUGAAACAGAGGCUUGAGGCAACUCAGGAAUGGCCCAUUUCCUUGAAUCUAGUUGCAAAAGGUUCGUGGAAAUUAUCACAAACCUCCAUAUUCCUCGAUUGUAAUAUCACCCCUGCAAAUUUGUUUACCAGGAAGUUAACCGGUGGUUGUAUAACUGUUUUAAAGGAUUUGCUUGUCAAAACAUCUGGCAUCAAACCUUAUCAAGUAACGAGUUUAUUUGCUUCAAUGUGGCCUAGUGUUGUUAAAACCUUAAUGAUUACUGUUGUGGUAGAAGCCUCUAAAAACUAAAGCUUUUGGAACUCUUAAGUUUGAUGUUAAAUUUUUGCGGGCAACCAGAGGAGCCCACAGUCCUUAUCUCCAGGUUGCUAUUACGCAUGUGCGGCACGUAUGUAGCCAGUUGGAUUUUAACAGUUGGACUGCCAUCAGAAUAGAUGGAAUGGAUACAAUGCUAUCUGAUCACACACAGUUAGACCUUCUAUCACUCGUAAUCUGAUUCGCGCUUUUUAUCCUUCUAUCAUGUGAAACUUACAUAAAGGACAGAUUUGGAGCAAGAGCGUUUUGACCUUCGAUCGAUCUCAACCGCAUUCCCUAACCUUGGUUAUUGUGAGUUGUAAUCCUCUAGCUAAGAGUUUCUUAAUGAUUGUUUCAGAUCUCGUGGACAAGAUUAUGGAAAAGAUGUCAAGUGAUUCAAAGAAUAGGCGACAGGUACUUGCGUUUUGUUUUGUUGUUUCUGUCUUUGUUUGUUCUAUUGAAUACGUAAAGUAAGUUCUUGAUCCCCUAAGGUGUGUUAGUAUAAGAUUCUUAGAACCUAUUCACGUACCCCUCCUCUUACGGACAUUUUGCCCUAAGUGAGAGUUACAUUAGGGGAAGAGUAGUAUCUUAGAGCGCUUUACAGAGGCCAGAAAUGGCCGGCCUGACCGAUCGUUGUGAAAUAUGAAUAUUAGUCCUUUCUCGAAAUUUUUACCAAAAUCCAUCACUGCCGUGUGAACUAUUUAGUAGGGCUGAUCUGGAUGAAUGGUUCUGAUUGAUAGUGUAAUUCUCUUUACGAUUGGACUGGUCUGACCGGACAGUUCUGACAAAUGGUAAGCGCCCUGUCUGCCACCCUUGGUUAAUUGAAAAUUUCUCUGUCACAUUGUUGACCAAUCUGGAGUAAACUCGACACCAAUGGUGAUUUGCCUGCGCGCUCUUUUCCCUCUUACUCCUUUUAUGGCUAGCCGCAGUUGAAUCCAAGACCCUAGCCCAAACCCUUUGAGGCAACUUCUUCUUCAUAACCACUGCAUUUUAUUAAUUUCGUGUGUAAUUGCCUGGAGAAAUGGUGUCACGUUAACUUUUUAAUUGCAGAUCAUGAACAAACUGGUGACGCUAAAACUGGUUACAGACAGAAAGGAACUUCAUAAGUAUGUUUGAACAUUUCACUUAAUGUUAGAGCCCGGCAAGUUAAUCAAGUGUUAUAAAACUUAUAACUUAUCGCCGGGACAUAAUGUUUACGGCAAAAAACAUAAGCAGGUGAACAUUUUCCCUCCAUUUACUACAUUUACGUAUUGAAUGUGAGGAUAAUUCUUUACAUUCAUGAAAACAAGAGAAAUGGUGGAUUUCCACUGUCGCGUAAUUUUUGCGUGCGUACGCGCUUGAAAUUUACGCAAGCAAAUAAAAGAGGCAAUGUAUAAAGUGUCACCCAUAAAGUAACAGUUGAACCUUACAUUGCCUCUACUUUAUUUGAGCGCGUAAAUUUCAAAUAUGUAAGCACGUAAAAAUUACGCGGUAGUGGAAGUCCACUCUUAGUGAACAAUAAAUUAGCCAUCAAAAGGUCAGCUUUACCAUUCGUCGCUCGUAACAUGUCUGUAAGAAGUUCAUUUGUUUAGUUAACUGAUGAUUAUUAUUUAUUUAUGUGCAGAAAACCAGUAAAGAAAAGAGCGUGGUCGGAGGAAGAGAAUGAACAGCUGAGAGCCUUGUAUGAGGAAUAUAAGAAUUCAGAACAAGGUUUGUGCUUCUGUCAAAUUGAUUGAGCUAAGCCGUUAGUGUAAAUAUCAAUGCCGCAAGCGUGCACUCAGUCUGCCACAAAACGGAACGCGAACCCUUUUUAAUUUUUUGCUCUCCCACCAACACUAUCUCUUUCACUGUCUCAUGUAGGAGGAAUUCAUACCACGUAAGAUAAUAUCCAUGUAAAAUCAGGUUUACUGUUUUAUGUGACAGAUUUCAAUUAAAAAUAUCAGACCUUUACGCUUGAAAUUAAUUUUACUGUUAUUUAUGACAAAUAUCGCUUCAAUAUCUUGCCUCUUGCGUCUAAAAUUGGGCUUCAUAGUAUCGGGCUAUCAUUGUCUGGCCCCGGGGGUUACUCCCUAUAAUGGCCUAUGCGGGAAGACUCCGCCCGAACGGGCUACCUUUUUCAGGCUUAGGUUUAUCGUAGGGUUGGGAAUUAACGAGUUGAAGUACAUAAAGUGGUGGUAAAAUCUAUCAUUAAAAAGGUACUUUGUUUAAAGUGUUUUGAAAAGACGGGCUUAUGGCUAUAUCAUUUUAAUCCAUUAAAAUGUUACACAAAAAUUACAAAAGGACUGGCUGUUAUAGGGAUUUAUUCUUAUUAGUAGGUAUAUUAAAGAGGUAAAGGUUUUCAAUGGAGGUGUGCGAAAGGCUUACCUUUUCUGCCAAAAUUGAAAGGGGAAGGGGUAGGAUCACAGGGCGGAGCCUCCCUGAUAAGGGUGCGUUUCUUUGGGAUGAUCCACAUCAGGAUCAGUGAUCCGAUAUCACUUGGAUCAUGGCAGGUAAAAUAAACUCUGAUGAACCCGGGGUGGAUUUGUCAGGCUUCUUUGUUGUCCUAUGAUCCGAGUGAUCUCGGAUCACUGAUCCUGAUCUGGAUCAUCCUAAAGGAACGCAACUUAAAAUUUUGCUGAAUACCCCCCUCCCCCUCACGCUAAUGGUCUGGGUUCAUUGUUUUUGUACGACAGAUAUCGUGGAAAGGAUCAUGGAGCACAUGCUUAACUCAUCGAGAACAAGACGUCAAGUUGUCACUCAGCUGGUAAACUUGGGCGUCGUUGAGGACAGAAAGUUGCUGCGAAAGAAAAGGAAGAAGGGGGAAAGAAAGAGAAAGAAAGAUGAUGGAUUUGUUGUGGUAUGUCAGUGACUGUUAAAUUUCCUGCAUUAUUAUUGACCUGUUCUCCCAUCUAGGUUCUGAUUGGCUGCAGGCGAACUGUAAAUUCUAACUGGUGGUAGAUUAGCGGGAGAUUACGAUGAUUUCACGGUGACAUGAUAGGCUGAUUUAGCAACAGAAUGGGAACGUCAAUUGAUGUUCCAACCGUUGGCUUGACCAAUCGCAGAGCGGCAAAUUGGGCUUCGGAAGUAGCGUUUAGUCCUUUCCGUCGUCAACUGACGUUCCCGUUUUGUUACUAAAUCAGCCUAAUUUUUAAACAGGGCACGGCAACCAGUCGGUACCUAAAUGAUCCUAAUCUACCCACUGAUUCACUCUUAAACUGGGUUUUGUUUGUCUGUUUUUCUGGUGUUUUUAGGAUGAUGAUGUAGAAGACGAGGACAGUGAAGAAGGUAACGAGAGCGUUUGGUGCUGUUGCACAGUUUUACCUACGAUCCUGGACAAAAUUCCUUGGAAGAGUAAUGUAGUAUUCAUAAUUUUCUACAAUUUCAGGGCGCUCUCAUAAAACAGUGCAUCCUUUUCGAAAAUAGCUUGUAAUUCUCCCUCCCCCUUGGAUGCCAGCUUCCAACGUUGCUUGGGGGUGGAGGUGGGUUUAGGCAUUUUGAAUUGACAAAAGGCGCGCGAAUUUAAAAUUUUGUCCAUGAUUGUAGUAUAAAGGGUUAAUACAGAAGAAACACUGACUGGGAGAGCUUGUUUUUGUAGCUCUGGAAAAGGAGAUUGGACCUUUUUACAUUUCACUGAAUUCAUCAUUCCACAUGAGCUUUUGAAAGUUAUGCAAGCCAAGUUAAAGACUCUUCUCUGUCUCUGUUAACGCCUUCUUACGGUAAAAAGUAGAGUUAAUGUGUUCAGUUUUCUAAUGUGGCGAAUAAACAGUCUUCUAAAAUGUAGAAUUUAAAGUGUCGCGGAAACUCAUUUUGAAAGGUAAAGUUGGUAGUAGAUUACAGCCACUCAAAUGCACGCCAAUUUUCAAUGUUGUACAUGGGGACUGUAUACUCAUUUAUACCAUGCUGUCUCAUUGGCGUAGCUGAUAACAGUGAGAGAGAGGAAGGCUUUCAUCGCCCACCGAGCUCCUCUAGUGAAGAUUCUGAGGAAGAUGAGGAUUUGGAUGGUAGUGGCGAUAACUUGAAUAACAUCAUCAGUAAACUAAAAACUGCAGGUAAGGGUUUGUUUGUAAAUGGCCAACACAGAGCUCGCAAAAAAAAAAAAUUCCAGCAAGUUCUUUUGGCGAGCAGCUUUGACACUUUGCUUGCCUGAAACAACUAUUUUCCUGUUUAGAAGUUUUCUAUCCUGGGAUUUGAAACCUCGUUUACUCUAAAUAUUAUCAUGACAGAAUUAAAUAACUCUCUCUGCUAACUACUUGCUUGUCUUAGUUAAUGAUUCAGUUGGAGGAUGACUCAUCUGGACCCUUGCCCAUUGAGUGAGCUUUCAAAAUUACUUGCCCAGCAUGAAAAUCUACUCGUCCCAAACUUUUCUGGAGCCCUGCAAGACCCAUUAAAACUGAGUUCCCUGCAGAGCUUUCAAUAACGAACAGUUUCAAUUCGUUUCAUCUCAUUCCUUCUCCCUUGGCGAGACUACCACAGUACAAUCACUCUUAAUAGCCGCUCAUAUAACACGAACACCUUCUUUAAGCUGACACCUAGAUUCAUUUCCCGCAUUCUUCACUCUGUCUUGUACAGAGCCAAGGAAAAGGGUACUUUGUUCCGUUCCCAUUAGUUUUAGUUUCUAGGAUAUAGGAUUAUUACUCACUCAGAAGUGUAAUAGAAUGGUUUUAGCAGUAAACAUCACAAAUUCAUUAAUUCCUUUUUAGGGCUAAGUGAACAGUUAGAAUGGAUUAAAUCCAAACUUCAAAGGACAGCGGAUGACAGAGAAAAUACAGGUAAUCUUUACUUCCUCUUCACCUUCUUACAGAAUUCACUUGAUGGCAAUUGCCUUUGUAUCCUUUCUAACACAAGGAAAUUGGAGCAUUUGUUUAGGUUAACCUGACAUGGUAAAUAGACGCAAAUACAAAUUAGGCUGAUUUUACAAUGAUAACGGUGGGUCAUUUUUCAAAACAGUUAAGUUAGGUUUCCACUCUGACUGUCCAAUGAUUUUUUUAGACAAAGAACGGUGGCAGCCACUUCCAGUUGUUACCAUAACAGAGGAGAAUGAAGAGGCGAUGGCUAACAAGCUUUUCAAAAAGGCGUUGAUGAAAGUUGGGCUCAAGCCACCAGCUAACGAACAGGUGGGUUCCAAAAAACUGAGGAUGAUCUGAUCGGGGGUUGUGAAUAUCUGGAUGACCUGCUCCGGGGAGCACAAAUAUCUGGGGAUGAUUUGAUCAGGGGCCUGGAAUAUCUGGAUGAUCUGAUCUGGGGGCACGAAUAUCUGGGGAUGAUUUGAUCUCGGGGUAGCGAAUAUCUGAAUGAUCUGAUCCAGGAGACGCGAAUAUCUGGGGAUGAUCUGAUCCGGGGGGGCACGAAUAUCUGGGGAUGAUUUGAUCUGGGGUUAGCGAAUAUCUCGAUGAUCUAAUCCAGGGGUCACGAAUAUCUGGAUGAUCUGAUCCGGGGAGCAUGAAUAUCUAGGGGUGAUUUGAUCUGGGAGUCGAGAAUAAGAACUCAGGAGAUGCUGUUCGCCGAUUGGGCACAAUAAUACAAAGCAUUUUCUGUGGCCAAUCACGAGCCAGCAUUCGCUUAACUGUUUGGAAAUGGUCUGAUGAGAGUCGGUAACCAGGGGUUCUUCCGCCCAUACUUAAAAACUUUCAUUGUGCCUUUUCUCCCAACCCGACUGACUGCCCCUGGGUCUCUGAGGAUGAUCUAGGGAUGAUCUGAUCCAGGAGGUGGGAAUCUCUGGGGAUGAUCUGAUCGGGCGGGGGGAUUGGCUUGCCUUGAAAAUUAUGAUAUGCGAUAAAAACGAAAAGGCGUGGUAUUAGCAGGGUCAAAAAUGCUUUCUAAUAUUUCGGUCCUAAUAAGUGUGGGUGAGUCUGUAUGAGUAUUUAUGACGAAGAGCUUCCCUUAUGGUUGUUGUCUUUCAUAAAUCAGGGUCCAGCACUUAUUAAAAUAACUAACGUAUUUUUAUUUUACUUAAAUCAAUCUUAUUCCAUCAUCAGGAAACAUUCUGGCGAAUUCCCGGUAAUCUUAAUCCAGAAAAACUCCGAAGGGCAGCCAAGGACCUUGAAGGCAGUGGUGUUUCUGAAAAUGGCGAAGGUAUGACAGUUGGACAACAAUCACUGAGGUCCUUUUUUACUAAUAAAACUUUCAGUAAAUCAGUUGCGGCGAAAAUCCAAAGUCCCAUUUUCUUGCAGACACACAAAUUUUACAACCAUCUCUUAAAGUAUAAUGAUCAGUACCACAGGAACGUACUGCUCAGUAGUUUUCAUUUGAAAGGUCACACUAGAAUUUCAUCCACAGAUCCAAAAGUGACGACUGCUUUUUACGUUAUAGUUAAGAGUACCCCAGGAAAGUCGGGAGCUUUCCUUUGAAUGGCCACAUUAUAUGAUUUCGCCCAGAGACUCGUACUCUACAAGGUUGAACUUAAAAUGAAACAAUAAAUGACUAUCACUUUCUGCAGUGUCUUUAUCAGGAGAAUGCCUAAAAUACUCUGCAGGAUUUCCUUCACCUGUAGAUUCGCGAAGACUACAUUACUAGUAAAGAAUGUACAUAUAGAGUGUUUUCACAUGACGUCACGGCGGCCAUAUUGGUGUCCCAAAACAAUGAAACGGCAGCCGUGUUGGUGUCCCAAACCAGUCCUCUGGGAGUUGAACUCUUUUCUUAUGCAAACGCCUUCUUUUGUUCCAAUAAAUUUGCAUAGAUGCUGGCCACAUGAGUGAAAACACUCUGUAUGUAUCUCUUUUUAUUCUAAGAUAAUGAUGCGGAGUUUCGCAGUCCUCCAGUCUCCAAUAAAAGCAAAUCACGGAAAGAAACCCUAGCUGCGCUAGCUGCCGCACGAAAGAAAAGUGGAUCAAAAUCAAGUCGCAAGAGAAGAGAAAGGACAAAGAGGAGGAGUGGUGGGAAGGAAUGGAGAAAAACUGUGAAUGAAAUAGCAACAGAAAACAACUCGGAUAAUGACAACAGGUUGGUUAUAGUAGUCUGCAAAAACAUCUUUCGUGGUUUAUCUCUUUUUCUUUUGGGUCACACCAUAAAGUUUUGUAAGUACACUUAUAGUUCCAAACCUUUACGAACUCUCUUCUCUUAGAGGGAGUCAGUAUUUAUUCAUUUAUUUAUCAUCGUCAUCAUCAUCAAUUCUUUUUUUAGCGGGGAGGGUGUUGUUACUGUCGGAGUUAAAAAACUUUUAACCUUUUGGAAUGAUAUUUGAAAAGACGCCAGAUGUUAAACCGUGAUAUAUUCCCAUGAAUGUGACUCCAGGGAAACGAUACAGGCAGCUCGUUUCUAAGAGCAUGUAUUUUAGUUACACUUAUGACGAACAUAUUGUUGCAUUCGUUUACAGGUGAUACGAAUUGAAACUUUUCCUUCAGUUUCUCUAAAAGGAAACAAAAUAUGCUAUUCAGAGGUCCCUACUUUUUGGGAAUCGUUACGUUUAGGAUAUAAUAGCGGGCAGCAUGCAAUUUCAGCGUAACUUAAUAGUGUUACGAAAUCAUUAAGAUAAGCAGCAAACGUUUUUAUGGUGACAUUUGGUGUGCUUGUUUCUCCUUUUUACAGCGACGACAACAGAAGUGCCAGAGACAGUGAUAUGGACGAAGCAGCCCCACCUUCUGAAGAACAAAAUGCUACUCGGAAAAAGGAAUCCUCAAAAAACGUUAAAAGACGAGUUAAAGCAUUGGAUGAAAGUGACGAGGACGACGACGUCAGUUCAGUCAAGAUACAAAAUGGAGAGGUCGAGUCUGGUGGCAGUGAAGAAGAAGAAGAACGCAAUGGAAGCAAGAUCGCUUCUUCCACAAGUAACGUCGAUAAAAAGGCUAAUUCAGUAUCUGAUAGUGAUGAUGACAACGGAAAUAUCUCCGAUACUGAAGACAUAAAUAACAACGAAGAAAUAAGUGAGGCUGGGAAGAAACGGCCGAGAGAUGAAGAUGAUAGCAGCGACGACGAAGAAGAAUUUAAUCUGCCACUUAAUUAUCAUAAAAAAGCCAGGCGUGUGCUUGUUGAGGAUGACGAAGAUGAUGAAUAGUGAGGUCUGUUAGUCUGCAGUUCGAUGACAACUUUUUUACCUUUCCUUUCAUAUUAGUAUAAGAGACCUUAAGAUCUGAGGACGGCAACGGAAGCGAAAAAAGAUGCAUUCACGAACUUUUAAUGUCCCUUGCCAUUCAAGCCAACGUCAAGACAAUUACAAAUACUUUGCAAAACUGUCUGCCUACCGGUGCAUCAGGGUCACCCAAUGACGGUAUUUUUUGUAAAAUAUCUGUUCAAAGAAGCGAAUAUUGCCUACAACUAUCUAUAGCUGGACGAAUGUUCGUGGUACGAUUUCCAGAAUUUAGAUUUACUCCUCAGGUUUAGCUAUAAACCUAAAACUUGCUGUUUCGAAAAUGUGAUGAAAAUAGGAAUAAAAUUCUCACGAUCGUAACGCUUUAGAUGUCAUACAAAAUUUUCGGCAACAUAAUACUAAAGCCCUAAUAUAUUCGUAAAGGCUCAAAACGCUCUAAGCUGACCGAAAAGACACAAAUCUUAUUCGCCCCUUAGAGUGCAUUUCUAGAUAUCUUUAAGUACUCUAGGUAGCUUAAAAAGCCUUUUAAAAGGUGGAAAUCGUCGUCGGGUGCCCCUGAAUACAUUAUGGAAUUUAAGUCGACUCUGUACGGUGUUGAGUACUUGUUUGCGUUCUUAAUAAUAAAAUA